GCAGCCCCACUCAGACCCCACUCAGACCCCACUGCGGGAGCAACCUUCUCCACCAGUCAGGCAGCGUAAAAAGGAUGUUAGACAAAGAGGAGUUUUUGCCGGACGCUUCCCCGCAGGAGCUGACUCAGACUCCCAUGAGGAAGAUCUGGUUGCCUGGCAAAAGCGGCCACAUAGUGCAGAGACGCGUUUGUAUGACCAACUGUCCCACCCUCAUCGUGACGGUGGGACUUCCAGCCAGAGGGAAGACGUACAUCUCCAAGAAGCUGACACGCUACUUAAACUGGAUAGGAGUGCCCACCAAAGAGUUCAACGUGGGUCAGUACCGCCGAGAGCGCGUGAAGAUCUACAAGUCCUUCGAGUUUUUCAGUCCCGAUAAUGAAGAAGGCGUCAAAAUCAGACGCCACUGUGCCAUGGCAGCUCUGAACGAUGUGCGACACUACCUGAGUGUGGAAGGAGGACAAGUGGCGGUCUUCGAUGCCACCAACACAACCAGAGAGCGAAGAGCAGCCAUUGUCAAGUUUGCAGAGCAGAACGUGUUCAAGGUCUUCUUUGUGGAGUCUGUGUGUGAAGACCCAGACAUCAUCGCACAGAACAUAGUGCAAGUCAAGCUGGACAGUCCAGACUACAUCCACUGUGACACCCAGGAGGCCGUUGAAGACUUCAUGAAGAGGAUCAAGUGUUACGAGUCCUCCUACCAGCCCCUGGACGACCUGCUGGACAGGGAGCUGUCCUACAUUAAGAUCAUGGACGUGGGCCAUCGGUACCUGGUGAACCGCGUGCAGGACCACAUCCAGAGUAGGAUCGUCUACUACCUGAUGAACAUCCACAUCACGCCGCGCUCCAUCUACCUCAGUCGCCACGGCGAAAGCGACCUCAACAUCCAAGGACGCAUCGGAGGCGACUCUGGCUUGACGGCGCGAGGCAAAGAGUAUGCCAAAUGUCUGAUGAAGUACAUUGAGGACCAGAACAUCCAGGACUUGAAGGUGUGGACCAGCCAGAUGAAGAGGACCAUCCAGACUGCAGAGUGUUUACAAGUUCCUUAUGAGCAGUGGAAGUCUCUCAAUGAAAUCCAUGCUGGUGUGUGUGAGGAGAUGAUGUAUGAGGAGAUCCAGCAACAUUAUCCUUUGGAGUUUGCCCUCAGAGACCAAGACAAGUACCGCUAUCGCUAUCCCAAAGGAGAGUCGUACGAAGACCUGGUGCAGAGACUAGAACCUGUCAUCAUGGAGCUGGAAAGGCAGGAGAACGUUCUGGUGGUUUGUCACCAGGCUGUGAUGAGAUGUCUGCUCGCUUAUUUCCUCGACAAGACUGCAGAUGAGUUGCCUUACCUGAAGUGUCCUCUGCACACCGUGUUGAAACUCACCCCUCUGGCUUACGGAUGCAAAGUGGAGUCCAUCUAUUUGGGCGUGGACGCGGUGAACACACACCGAGAGCGACCGCAGGACGACGCCUCGCUCUCGACUGGCCGACACCAGCAGAUAAACACUUUUGAAAACAACGCUGGCACUUUUCCUUUGACUCCUGCCACACCGCAUGUUUGAAGAAUGUUCUCCUCUUACCUCAUCGCCAUUCAAAACAUCAACGUGCAGCGCAGCACGGAAGACGCUCUGCAGACCAUCCCGGCGCACUUCUGAUCCUUCGCUCGAAGCCGGGAACUUCUCUCGCCGACAUGAAGACGUUAGCAACCUGAUCGGGAGCCAAAAAAAAAAAAAAAAAAAGUCACGUUUGUGCUUUGAAGUGGAUGGACUAUGAAGUUUGCAGCACUCGUGCGUUUGAGUCAUCAGCUUGUUGCACUUUUACAAAGAUAUUAGAAAAAGCUUGGAAUAUUUCUAUUUUUUCCAUGUGGUCGUCUUAUAAGCUGUGCAGUCGUCACACAGAAGGAGAAUUCAGUGACCUGUGGUGCUUCCUCAACACUACACUUGUGGAAGAAAACAUAUUUCUACUCAUUUGGGAUGACUGUGGUUGUCAGGGUGAUGACACAUAAAGGUCAACUUUGAAGGCGUAAAUUAGGGGUGUCAAAUGUGCUUCAAUAUUCUGAAAAUUAUAUACCGUAUUUUUCGGAGUAUAAGUCGCACCGGCCGAAAAUGCAUAAUAAGGAAGGAAAAAAAACAAUAAGUCGCACUGGAGUAUAAGUCGCAUUUUUUGGGGGAAAUGUAUUUGAUAAAAGCCAACAGCAAGAAUAGACAUUUGAAAGGCAAUUUAAAAUAAAGAAUAGUGAACAACAGGCUGAAUAAGUGUACGUUAUAUGAGGCAUAAAUAACCAACUGGUAUGUUAACGUAACAUAUUAUGGUAAGAGUCAUUCAAAUAACUAUAACAUAUAGAACAUGCUAUACGUUUACCAAACAAUCUGUCACUCCUAAUCGCUAAAUCCCAUGAAAUCUUAUACGUCUAGUCUCUUACGUGAAUGACAUCAAUAAUAUUAGUUGAUAUUUUACGCUAAUGUGUUAAUAAUUUCACACAUAAGUCGCACCCCCGGCCAAACUAUGAAAAAAAACUGCGACUUAUAGUCCGAAAAAUACGGUAAGUGCAUUGUAAGUUACUACACUAAUUGACACAAUUGCAAUGUUACUUUGGACUAUUUUUAGCAUCUUUGCUGUACAAAAACGGUGAAAAUAUCUCCGCCUCUUUAAUAUGUGACUUGUAGUGGAAGAUGUUUGGACAACAUGACUUAUCAUUUUCUAAAUACGUUUGUGUGUUGAAUAUUUUAAAGUGAAUUUUUAUAUCAUUAAAAAGUUGUAAAAAUGUCAAA